CGCACCAGUAACCUGUAGGCACACGACGGUGAAUUUCAGUCCUGACUUCUUUGGUCUGCUGGACUUUUGUCCCCGAAAGGAGCUCCUGCGCAGAAAUGCAUAAGUUCAUUUGUGGUGAUUAGUAAUCAAACAAAGUUAUGGAUAAAAUGAUAUACAUUCAGAAAAUUAAAAGUAUUUUACGGUUAAUUGCUUGUAUAGGUUGUCAGACUAAUAUAAAAGGAACUGAUUGGUGGCCUUUUCACUUAGUACUGCUUAGUGCAAUUCGAGAUAUGCAUUCGAUAAAUUACGACCUAGAUAUUAAUUAAAGUGAAUAAUCUGGAAUUAUUUGCAAUUUUCAGUCAUUUAUCAGAUUUUACACUGUUGUCAAACAGGACCAGAGCAAGUCUCCGCAAUAUUAAGGUCCCCUGAUGUACCAAAUAUGGGCGCAUAGAGAAACAGGCUGUGAAUUCAGGCUGGUGCGCGAUUGACUUGCCUUAGUUGGGCGGAGUUUUUCGAGACUGGAGUCCGCGGAUGCUGAUAUCACUUUCACUCCGGUGCCUGGCAGUGAUGCCUCUCGUACAUAACGGUAGUAUAUUGGUUUUUUCCAACGCCGGGCUGUAAUUUUGCCCCGAUCUCCGCGCGCACUCUUGUUGGAUACAAUGAAGACAAAGACGCCCAACGUUUAGUUACGAAAGAAUCUCACUACAAAAGUCGAAGGACAGCAACUUGCGACGGUACAUCGCUCCACUGCCAAGGGGUGUGCAAAGAGGGUGCCGCUGGGUGACAUGGCUUACACACUGGCCAGCGAGCCUGGGAAGGGGUCCACAGUCAGCUCUCCAUACUGCGUCACCAAAGUGGAGCUGUCCGUCUCGGGCGCCAACCUCCUGGACCGAGAUGUCACUUCCAAGUCGGACCCUUUCUGCGUGCUCUUCCUGGAGGUGGACGGCAACUGGGUGGAGACGGGCCGGACGGAGACGGCCGUGAACAACCUGAACCCCGUCUUCGGGGAGAAGUUCCAGGUGGACUAUCACUUCGAGGAGGUCCAGAAGCUCAAGUUCGCCCUGUUUGACGAGGACAAGUGCAGCAGCCAGCUGUACGAACACGACUUCCUUGGGGAGUUCACCUGCACGCUUGGGAUGAUUGUUUCCGGCAAGAAGCUUCAGCGGCCGCUUAUUCUGGCCAAUGGGAAGCCGGCAGGUAAAGGAACCAUCACGAUAACAGCUCAGGAGUUGUCAGACAACAGGAUAAUUACACUGAGUUUUUGUGGGAGGAAACUGGACAAGAAGGAUUUCUUUGGUAAAUCGGAUCCUUAUUUAGAGUUCCACAAGCAGGGGGAGGACGGCAAGUGGAUGAUGGUGCACCGGACAGAGGUAAUCAAAAACACUUUGGAUCCAGUCUGGAAGUCCUUCACAAUGCCCCUUAUCUCGCUCUGCAAUGGGGAUGUAGAUAGGAGCAUCAAGGUCGUGUGCUUUGACUACGAUAAUGACGGAGGACACGACUUUAUUGGAGAAUUUUACACCACUGUCAGUAAAAUGAGCGAAGCCCAGAAUUCACAAGAGGUAGAGUUUGAAUGCAUAAAUCCGAAGAAACAGAAGAAGAAGAAGUCUUACAAAAAUUCUGGGAUCAUCAUUCUGAAGUCGUGCACAAUUGCGAGAGAUUACUCUUUCUUGGACUACAUCCUGGGAGGAUGCCAGCUCAUGUUCACUGUGGGCAUCGACUUCACGGCCUCCAACGGGAACCCCUGCGAGCCCAUCUCCCUGCACUACAUCAACCCGAUGGGCAGCAACGAGUACCUGUCGGCCAUCUGGGCUGUGGGCCAGAUCAUCCAGGAUUAUGACACGGAUAAGAUGUUCCCCGCUCUGGGUUUCGGAGCUAAGCUUCCCCCUGACUGGAAGGUGUCACAUGAGUUUGCUAUCAACUUCGACCCCACCAACCCCUUCUGCUCGGGCGUGGAAGGGAUCGUCCAGGCUUACUCCGCCUGCCUGCCGCACCUCCGCUUCUACGGUCCCACCAACUUCUCGCCCAUCAUAAACCACGUGGCACGCUUUGCCUCUCAGGCCAUCCAGCAGGAGACGGCGGCGCAAUACUUCAUUCUGCUAAUCAUCACGGACGGCGUGAUCAGCGACAUGGACGAGACGCGGCAUGCCGUCGUGCAGGCCGCCAAGCUGCCCAUGUCCAUCAUCAUCGUGGGCGUGGGCAACGCCGACUUCGCUGCCAUGGAGUUCCUGGACGGGGACAACAGCGUGCUGCGGUCCUACACAGGCGAGGAGGCCAUCCGGGACAUCGUGCAGUUCGUGCCCUUCCGUGAUUAUCGCAACGCUCCAAAGGAAACUUUAGCCAAAACAGUGCUGGCAGAACUGCCACAGCAGGCAACACAGUAUUUCAAACAGAGAGACCUGGCGCCCAGGAACAGCACUUCAGACUGAGGACACUCAGAACCGGCCUGCAUGCUGCCAACAGCCCCCCCUCCGCCGGCACCCCCCCGUGACUCCGCCGUUUACAGCGCAUCACCAACAUGUGACCUGCAUGACACUCUGUAUUCACCAUGUUCGUAUCUUUAUUCCAAGACUGUUUUACGAUGAACUACCGAAAAAAAAAAUGAAAACGGAGAAUUCGACGCGGACUUUUGGAUUCACUGGACUGGGAGACGCCGCAAGGCAGGAAAAAAAUGGCCAAAUGCUCAUUUGUACUCGUGUUCUGUUUUAUCCUCGGGGUUCUUGGUUUCUGAGAUGAUCAUGUUACUGUACAUGUGAUGUUUAUAUAGUGAACUGCCGUCUGUGGAACAGUAAGUACUUGUCGUUAAUGAUUUUAUUCAUUUUAUCUGUUAUUUCUGUCACUUCUCAGGUCAAUAAACCUUCAUUAAUACAGACCUGUGCUUUGAAGCUGA